AUGUCCAAACCCACUCUCCCUCUCCAACCCAAAACCCCAAAUCGCCACGUAGACCUCAUGAGCAGUCUCAAUUACCACCCGUCGCCCUCGCGCGCCAUCUACAGUGACCGGUUCAUUCCAAGCCGAUCUGGGUCUAAUUUCGCUCUCUUUGACCUGUCUCCGACCACGAAUUCCUCCUCGGAGGAGUCGAACAAUGCGUAUACGACUCUGUUAAAGACCGCAUUGUUCGGUCCGGACUCGGUGGUGGGUCCUCCGGGAACACCCGAUAAGGCUGUGGGAUUGAAUGGGAAGAAUUUGCAUCUUAGUCCUCCGACUCGUAAUAUUUUCCGGUACAAGACCGAGACGAGACAGUCUUUGCAGUCUUUAUCCCCUUUUGGGUUUGAUGAUCAGUUGCCUGGGGUUAGUCAUAGCCCUGUUAAAACUCCAAGAAAGGUUCCUAGGUCGCCUUAUAAGGUUCUGGAUGCACCUGCAUUGCAAGAUGAUUUCUAUCUGAAUCUUGUUGACUGGUCUUCGCAUAAUGUGUUAUCUGUGGGGUUGGGUAACUGCGUUUAUUUAUGGCAUGCUUCUAGUAGCAAGGUGGUAAAGUUGUGUGACUUGGGAAUUGACGAUAGCGUUUGUUCAGUUGGUUGGGCUCAGCGAGGCACACAUCUUGCUGUGGGGACUAGCAAUGGCAAACUUCAGAUUUGGGAUGCCUCUUGCUGUAAGAGGGUAAGAACUAUGGAUGGACAUCGAUUACGUGUCGGGGCACUAGCCUGGAGUUCAUCCCUGUUGUCUUCAGGUAGCCGGGACAAGAGUAUCCUUCAACGAGAUGUACGUGCACAGGAAGAUUUUGUCAGUAAACUAUCUGGGCACAAAUCAGAGGUUUGUGGAUUGAAGUGGUCAUAUGAUAAUCGUGAGUUGGCAUCUGGUGGAAAUGAUAAUAGGCUUUUCGUUUGGACCCAACAUUCAACACAACCUGUGCUGAAAUACUGUGCACAUACAGCUGCUGUAAAAGCAAUUGCAUGGUCCCCUCAUCUUCAUGGACUCCUAGCUUCUGGCGGUGGUACUGCUGACCGAUGCAUUCGUUUCUGGAACACCACCACUAACUCACAGCUUAGCUGCAUGGACACUGGCAGUCAGGUAUGCAAUCUUGUGUGGUCUAAGAAUGUCAAUGAACUUGUUAGCACCCACGGUUACUCCCAAAACCAAAUUAUAGUUUGGAGAUAUCCUACAAUGUCCAAGCUGGCAACUCUUACUGGCCAUACAUAUAGAGUUCUUUACCUUGCCAUCUCACCAGAUGGACAGACAAUUGUGACAGGAGCAGGAGAUGAAACUCUUAGGUUCUGGAAUGUGUUCCCUUCUCCUAAAUCUCAGAACACUGAAAGUGAAAUUGGAGCAUCAUCUCUUGGAAGAACUCAGAUCCGGUGA